GACAUACUCGCUCCUUAUUCUGUCAGCUGAGCCGACUCAGGAAAGAAGUCUUGCUCCGCCGGCCUCUCCCUUCAAUUCCUGUUUGUCCCAAAUGGGGCUCUGAUGUUGGACAGUUCCAGACCAGGUCCCCGACCUGACCCUGACUCCCUUCCGACAAUCACAACCGACUCUGAUGAGCGGGCACUGGGCACCUUGCAGCAUGACCACGCCAGGCCCAGUCUUGCCAGGCUGCCCUUUGAGAUUCAAUCAAUGAUCUUCGAGGUCGCUUCUGGUCAUCAGGUCUUCUUCGUCGAGGCCGAUGAUGACGGCCUGAUUUUCAUGGACCCGAACCAGAAGGUCCUCGCCCAUGUCUGCAGACUCUCCCGCGAGAUAUACACGAAAGGUAAAUCCAUGUGCUUCGACACGGCUAGAAUCCCCUUCUGGGUCAACCCUAGAGAAGACAUCUUCUAUCUCCACGUCGAUCGCACCCCGCCAACCCCGCAACAACAACACUUCCCGUACAUUACUCGGCGCAGAGAUGCGCAGAUGGGCUUGCAACAGCUAUCCUUGUCACGGGACAAACGAUCAAUGAUUCAGAAUGUCGCCGUGGACUUGCAGUAUAUGGGCGAAUACCCAAGACGAAAUGCCGCAAUUCGCCUCUGGAGUCUCUUCCCGUCCAUCAAAAUGCUUCACCUCUUCGUUCCCCGAGGUCCGAUCCAAAGUCCGGCGCCAGUUUGGACGGCAGAUAACCUUGUCCUUCAACCAAUCUCGUCUUCGCAAAUCGUUGCCCCACCCGGCCAACAGAGGGAGAUGUUUUAUACGGUUAUGUACCAUAUCAAGAAAACCUUCUCUCUGAUUAUGUUAGCUGACAACGGAGCGAACGGCCUGACGACAGCACCCCAGGUUUGUGGCCACGUCGCCUACAUACGUGAACCAUAGCACGGCAAAGGAUUGUGGUUGAAACGCCGAGUUUGGGGCCUCGCGAAGAAGUGGGGGGUCUUCUCCAUGUUGACCCUGACCAAGGAGUUGCAUAUCCCGUGACGCCUGUCAAGAUGGAUUGUUUCUAAGCAAAUAAUCUCGGCUCAUUAACAUUGAGAACCACG